CCAACUCCGCUCCCCUCUUGUUACCGCACACCAUCUGCUACCCUGCCCACCGUACUUACGCCCUAUACACUCACAAAUUACUUGCGAUCGCAUGUAGCGCCAUCUCGCAGCGAGCGACAUUGUCAGACCCGGCCCCCACCUCGUUGGCAACCGCACAGAGCAAUGGCGACGCCGCCGGCGCGUCCCAGCCAGAAUCUCGACCACAGCUCCACCGCCGCCGGCACCUCUACUCGCGCUCCGCCGUCACCAACGAGAUCAGACAAUCCUCGCCCAUCAAUAUCACCGUUGAGUGCCAAAGCAUCGCCCGUCGCGCUUCGCGAUCAUGCAGCGCGGGAUACUUUGACCCGAGAAGAGGAAGAUGGGCUCGACGCUCCCAGUGGGAACCGAGACGAUGACGACAACCGUUCCAGCAGUCUCAGCGAGCCGGACGAUGAUCUGGAGGUUGAUGCGCAGCAAAAUGGCGUGUCAGAGGCACUAGCGACGAAUGAAGAGCUUACGGCGCAUCAGUCCUUGGAGGUGGACUCGGAAGCGGAAACUGAAAGACUCGACCAGACACCUCACAAGGCCCGAAAACAGCUGGAAGAGACUGGCAGAACUCCCAGUAAACUCAACCAGGCUGCCGGGCCCGAUGAUGAAUUGUCGGACCCUCCCUCUCCUCUGCCCACUGGGCCGGGUGCCACGUCGAGUACUGGCACUACAGACACCAUUGGGAAAAAGCGAAAGCGCUCAGAUACCGCCGAGAGUUCGUUGAGCAGUGCCGAUUCUGCACUGGCUGAAUCGCCGCGAAAACGAAGUCAUAGUGUGCCCGACGAUAACGCGGGCCAAGAGGACCCAGCGGAAGUGGAAGAUGCAGACGGAGAUGUAGCUGAUGAUAUACCUGAAGCUGCGGAGCCUGAACAUCCAGAGCCUCCGACAUCGCCUGUAAAAGGCUCCGGAAAGGCCAAGCGUGGGCCUAAGCCAAAGGGUAAAGGCAAGAAAGACGCGACAAAGGGCAUGGGCGUAGAGAGCGUGGAGACGCUAGAACCGACAGCAGAGCAGAGCGCGGAAGCGGCAGCGAAAGCAGAAGAGGAAAUGAAGCACAAACCCGCAGCUACGACCGCAUUCGAAGAAUUGGCGAAGCAAUUCGCUGCUUUCCGCGAAAAAAUGGUCAGCGAAAAGCUGGCCGCUACCAAUGCAGAGCUGGAACUGCUCAACCAAGCAGACAGCAAGCACCCCGAGUACCUGCGACAAGUGGCUUGCAUUGAUGCUCGAAAAGCGAAGCAAGAGAACGAGGCACAUGCUUACUAUAGAUUCAAGCUUGAGAGCCUUCGCCGAACGACGCUUGGUGAGCGAAGCCAAAUACACAGCCAGUACUUUCAGCACACUCGACAGCUGCGCGAAGAUGUCAUGCAACAGCUGGGCGACGAUUGGUACAAGAUACAGAACGAACGGCGGCAGAGCAACCAGCAAGAGGAUGAGAACUACAUCUACAAAUUCCCGACAAAGAAGGCGGACCAGAUCAAACAGCAAGCGAAAUACAACCAAGAAGUGUCUGUGCUGAGCGGCGUCGCCAAAUACGUCGGCUUCCCGGCAGCCCCAGACAUCACUGGCGCAGAUCGUGAUAUGCUGGAAGACGAUUUGAAAGCCAUGAAGAUAUCCCGUCGUGUGCACCAGCCGGCAUCGCAUCCGAGGCCUGUGUACUUUCCGAAUAGGACCGGACUCGUGCAACCUCAAAGUGAACGUCUCGCACACGAGCAGUUCAUUGAGCAAAAUGCAUGGGCGCGCCCUCAAGGGCCAAUCCACAGCCAUUUAACGCCGAACAUCGCACACACUCCUGACUGGGCAGAGCCGAACAACGGACCCAAGCAUCUACUUAACAAUAUUGGUGGAGCUCCUGGCUACACAACACCAAUGCCCCAACGGCAAUCGCUGGUGGAACACUCUAGCGCCGGCACCGUGCCAGCUAAUAGUGAUCCUGCAGAGCCCCCCUCCAGCGCUUUGGCAGCACCUCCUACGAUAGACAGAAGGCUGCCAGACAACCAACCAUCUCCACUCGUUAUGAACAAACACAAGCAUUACGGGGCCGAAUUCACCGGCUUCCGCAACAUAUCCGGGGCCAGCACCAUCGAGGCGCCGGGCUCAGCUGAGAAGGAUUACCGAACAGCGGGGGGAGGUCCUCUGAAAGAACAUCCUGAAUCUCAGCGCACAUUUGACACCAGCCAACUGCAACGACAAGUCGCCGAGGUGAGAAGACAACAUGAGCCCUAUGGCCAGCCUCUUGUACACGCUCAAGAUGGCGGGACGUCAGUAACAUGACGAGGGAUUUUAUGAACGCGGUGGCAGAAGAUAGCAACGGGUUGAGCAAUCCGUCUCACGAAUGUGGCGGCAUAAAGACAGGCUGGCCAGCGAGCAGGCAGCACUGCACUGUGUACGAAUGUAAUGAAGAUACCCAGCACCACGUGCUCAAUGAUCUUGUGCACGCCCGUGUAAAGCGUCCUAGUAACCAUAACCAUGUGAAAAUGAAAGUGAAUUUCAGACAU